AUGAAGGCAACACUGCAAAACCCCUGCCUUUAACUAGCUGCGUGGACACACACAAUAACCCGUUCUGACAUGCAGACAUACACACUGUGACGCAGACGCAGCAGGACGUUACGUACACAUGGGGACACACCCGUCUACAGUCCAGUAAGGAAAAUAAAAGAAUGAGACGUGUGAGCUGAGGGCUGAAGUUAUUCUCCACCAAUCUGGAACAGAGCUCCAUUACAGAGACACACUGCAGCAGACAUUACGGAUCCAUAACCAGCUUCAAGACUUCUAAAGGAUGAAGAACCUUAGACUUCUCCUCCUCUCUCUCUCCAUCUGCCUGUUGCUGGGCAACCUGGGGGUGAGUGGCUACAGUAAUGUCGAACCCUGCCAACGGUCCCGAUGCAAUAACUGCCAUGAAAAGUUCCUAUACCGGCAUGUGCGUCCAAAUACCCCGUUAACGACGGACCGCAACGCGUGGGAGAAGUAUCUACGUGAACAAAAUGACUGCUCAAGACCCACGCAGUCCUUCCUCCAUCCCAAAGACCGGGAGAGGGUGGACGCGGUCUGCUCCAGCUCUGGGGGAAAGACGUACCAGGGGAACCUGUGCAUCAGCCAACGCCCGUUCACAUUUCUAACAGUGAGGAGCGAGACUGGGACCUGCGGCGUGUCCAGCGUGCGGGAAGAGACCAAGCAUUUGAUCCUGGCAUGUGAGGUGCUGGAGAACAGGUGUGUGCCGGUCCACUUCGAGGGGAACCGCGAGGGGAGCAAGCCCGACAAUAACGCUGCAGGAUGUGGCAGCACGGAGAAAGGGAAGGGCUCAAGCUUCAAAGUAUCAGGAAUGUGGCUGGCAUCUUUAUUGAUACUCAUGUUUCUCUCACAACUCCUUUUCUGAACAGUUAAUUGGGGGGCAGAUAGUCAAACAAUAUAUCAAAAGGAAGUUUGUUUUAAAGUGUCUGUCCUACACUCUAAAAAGAAAAGGUUCCUGGAGUAUCCUUUAGGGGUUCUUCAAAUUUAAAGUGUGGGUGAACCGCUAUGAGUUCUUCAAAGAACCCCUUGGAUCCUCAGAGAACAUUUUGAAGAACCUUUUGGGGUUAAUUUAUGAGCUACCCCUCUCCCCUAUUAUUAAUAAUAGUAAUACGCAUAACAAAAACAACAAUAACACAAUAUUUUAUUGUUCUCAGUGUUUAUUAUGAUUUUCGUGGCAAAGCAGAAUAAAAAAAUCAAAAUAUGAGGUAAACUCCCA